CAAGUAACUCUGAUUGAUGAUGAUGAUGAUGAUGGGUCUUCAGUACUUCAAGAACCAUGUCAACAACUAACUGAGCUCAAUCUCUCACUACCCAAAACGCAAAACCCUCCAUGGCCUCUAUCUCCAAACCACCGCUGCUCGUCCACAACCACCUCACCUCCCUCACUCUCCUCGGCCCCGCCACUAUUCUAUCCUUCCCCAUCGCCAAAACGACGUCGCUCCACAGCCGCCUCUGCGCGGUGAAGACCGGGGCCGGGAGGCAGGAGGCGGAGGGGCCGGAGCUGCUGCGUAAGCCGGUGGUGAAGGACUUGGACACAGAUGAGAUUUCGGGGGAAGAUGAAGGAGAGGAAGGGAAAUGGGUUGAUUGGGAAGAUAAGAUUUUAGAAGAUACUGUUCCGCUGGUUGGGUUUGUGAGGAUGAUUCUUCAUUCUGGGAGAUAUGAAAGUGGAGAUAGGUUGAGCCCUGAGCAUGAGAAGACUGUUCUUGAGAGGCUGCUUCCGUAUCACCCUGAAGCUGCCAAGAAGAUCGGUUCCGGAAUUGAUUACGUCACGGUUGGUUAUCAUCCAGAUUUUGAAAGCUCAAGAUGCUUGUUCAUCGUUCAAAAAGAUGGCACAUUGGUCGACUUUUCAUAUUGGAAAUGCAUAAAAGGGCUCAUUAGGAAGAACUAUCCCUUGUAUGCUGACAGCUUCAUUCUAAGACAUUUUCGAAAGCGUAGACGCGGUGUAUAAAGCCAGAAUCACCAUUCAUCUGACUUUCUAUAACUCUAUGUUGAAGAAAAAAAUUCAUCCAUUCUGUAAUGCCUGUUAUAUGUCAAUUUUUGAUCCAAAUGCUAUGUUGUUUUUACCUAUUAGAGUGAGGUCAGAAAGCAAUAGUAGAUACCGAAAUUUCUUUCAGAGUAAAAAUGUGGUAAGAAAUGCUG